AGCCGUUGACUUUUUGACCGCAAAUUGCAAAUUGUAUUUUCGAUGGUGGCAACAUGUCUUGGAUCCAAAGAGGGGGCCACGGCCUGUGCCACUCCUGAUGGAUGCCGUGUGUGGCGAACGAAGCGAUGCAAGCCGGGAAAAGGAUCUCGAGAGUAGUGAAACAAGCGUCCCACGACCGUCAUCUGCAUUAAAGCAGGAGACUUGCCUGGUCUUUGAUUGGGAUGAUACCAUACUUCCAACGUCGUGGCUCGAGCGCAUUCAUGCUCUUGCUGGUGGUGGGCCGUUGAGGCCGGAGGUUCAAAGGCAACUUGCCAGUCUUUCUUCCGCAGCAGCCCAGACCUUGCAGCUGGCUGCUUCGAUGGGCACAGUGGUCAUUAUCACCAACAGCGCACCUGGCUGGGUGGAUCAGUCCUGUCAGAUUUUCAUGCCGCAGAUCUUGCAGCAGAUCCGGAGCUACCAGAUUUUUGCAAAGCCAUUGCACGCACCUCUUACCUUCAAGAUUUCGACAUUCCGCAGGGAAUGCAAAAAGUUCAUGAACUUGAUAUCCAUCGGGGAUGGAGAUGCUGAGCGUGCUGCUAGCCUAAGGCUGCAGGCACCAGAGCGAAAAGGAUCAUUUGGUGAGGAAAGACAACGCGUCAAAUCAGUGAAGCUCAUCGAGCUUCCGACAUGUCAGCAAUUGAUAGUCCAACACGAGAUGUUGCAGGUGCGGCUUCCAGAUGUCACAGCUUUCCUGGGAUGUUUGGACCUGAAAUCUCGCUUUCCAAGCAGCAGCUCACCCGGCAAGGCAGCUGGCCCAACACUGGUGCACUUUGGGCGACCAACGGGCAUGCUGGUCAGUCCGACCACACCUGUGAGGGAAACCCAGGUGGUUGCUUCACCGCAUCGUGCUGUUGGUGGGCAGUUGCCACCUUUGAGUGGCCCAGGAAAGGCUGGUGAAGCAGAGCUCAGCCCCAGCAGGGAGAAGGAGUCUGGCGAAGCCAGUACGGUUCCAACCGACCGACCCCUCUCUUCAAGGGCAGGUGAACUGGGAUUGGGGGCACCCAUUGAGACUGAGAACCUCGGCAUCCAGCGGGGUACUCCCUCGAAUCAGAGUCCUCCUGGGAUUUGGAAAGUGCAAGGAGUUGGGUCUGGACGAGACGGAAGGACCCUUUUCAGCGCGCACAAGAAACGCCCAGUCUUGGCGAGCGUAGGUGUGGGAGGACGGCCACCUGGGAGUGUGUGGAGGGAUCAUGUUGCUGCAGGAAAAGGCUUUUGACUUGGCUGUGUAUAAAUUGAAGCAGCGGGUGAGAGCCUUCCGUUCACGCGAGCACAAGCGCUGAACUUGCGGUUUCAGGGAAGGUUAUGUGAGA